AUGACAUCGCAUCCUCUCUUGGAAUUCAUAACUGAAUCUUCCAACAUAAAAUUCAUUAACAGUCCUAUAGAAUAUUUUAAUACACUUUGUGAUAUGUUCAGUGCUGCCAAGCGAAGGAUAGUAUCAUCAUGCCUAUAUAUAGGUACAAGUGAAUUGGAAGAAAAAUAUGUCGAUUGUAUCGUAAACUGUAAAAGAGAUAACCCAGACUUGGUUGUUGAUAUGGUUCUAGAGAAAAGUCGUUGCACAAGAAUUGAACCUGAUGAUAAGAGCACGAUUCAUCUAUUACAACCGCUAUGUAAAUAUGAUAAAGUUAAUAUUUCGUUUUUUCACAGUCCAAUGUUGGAUUCUACAAUAAACAAACUCUGCAAACCUCCAUAUUCGGAAGCUUUUGGAACUUUACAUUUGAAAAUUUACAUCGCGGAUGACGUCUCAAUAAUUUCUGGCGCCAACUGUUCUACUGCAUACUUCACAAAUCGCAUCGAUCGCUAUAUGAUAAUAGACGAUCCUAUAUUUGCAAAUGUAUUGCAUACUAUUGUUGCUACGGUUCAAACUAUGUCUUAUAAACUUCACUCUGACUUGUCAUUGACAUGGAAUUCUGACCUUGUUAAUCCACUUGAUGAUGCUUUUCUAUUCAAAAAACAAAUUUAUAAGAGGAUGAUUGCUAUGAUUAACAUGUGUAAUGAGACAAUUGAAUCAAAGCUCAAGUCUAAACUCUCUCUUGAAGGAGAGAAUGUUGGUACAAUAGAUGAUUUAUUGACCACAAGUUCAUCGCAAAAAACAGAACCCGUACACAAAAGAAGUAAAUACACUAAAUCCAAUGCUUCUGAUAAUCCAAGAUCUGAAAAUAGUAAAUCUACAUCCGGUAAUUUGCCCAAUCUUAAGGAUCUAAACUUUGAGGAAGAAUCUUGUGAAAUGUGUGGCAGAGGUUAUCCUGGUAAAGAAGAUUCGGUUAAAAAAUAUGGAAUAAAGCGUAAAUACAGUCCUAUGCCAGGGUACACACGAUUUAUGUUGAUAUUCCAAUUAGGGUUUGUAACACCACCAAUUAGGCAAGAUGAAUUGAUGGCCAGAGAUCUAAUGUUAAACUUUAGAAAACUGGGACAUUCUGUUUUGAUUGCCACGUCAUAUUUGAAUUUUACUAACGAAUAUCUUGAAAUGUCGAACAAGCUUCACAAUUGCAAAUCGGAGAAUGGAAAAGGGGCAUUUAAUGUAAUGACUUCCUCUCCAACGUCAAAUGAAUUCUAUUACUCUUCUGACCUAAGAAGAUUCAUACCAUAUGUAUAUUGUCAUUUUCAACAGCGUCUGAUAAGUUCCGCAGAAAAGAGUAAUAAAGGUGGCUCCGAAACUGCUGAUGAAGACAGCUUCUAUAUAGAGUAUACUAAACCCGGGUAUACGUUUCACACUAAGGGUAUUUGGAUACUUCCGGAGGAGCUGCCACAAGAUGUUAAAGGAGUCUCUUUAGAACUGUUCAAGAAAUCCUUCAAGGGUCCAUGUGCAAUGAUAAUUGGAAGUUCAAACUUCUCAUAUCGUUCCCACUACAAGGAUUUUGAGAUGUCUGUUGUUGUUGAGACAAACUCAAAACCCGUUCUCGAUGGAAUGAAAGAGGAAAUCUAUAACCUGCUAAAGUAUACCAAACACGUGUCGCAUUCUACCAUUUCUCAAAGACUUACAUAUAAAGAACGUCUUUUAGCAAAGGUUUUUCAGCAAUACCUCUAG